GCGGAGGGCAGGCUACGUCGAUCCUAGCCACCUCCCUAAGGUAGGUGGUAAACAUAUCAACUACAUCAUACUAGACACAAAUCUGUGCAAAUGGCGAGAUCUUCGCAAAACAGGGAGAGGAUCGAGAGGAUCAAUAGGAUAAACAACAGCCGCUCAUUAGAGCGAGUUAAUAUCGCACUUGGUUACCCAUUUCCUUCGCAGUAUGACCUCUACCAAUACCUCGGAACCGGCGCGGUACGACCCCAUUUUGACGAAUAUGUCGAAGACUUCCUCAACGAUAACCCAUUUACGCGCACGCCGCUCCCAAGUGAGAUUCAGGACAGCCUCGCCUUCUCAGUUAGUGCCUUGAGUCCUGACUGCUACGUGUACACUAAGGCGGACUAUGCUGCCCGAUGCGUCUUUAAGAUUAUCUAUUACGACGAACACUGUCUUGGUAACCGCCUUUUCAUGAAUGAAUCCAAGACUGGACCGUUCCACCUCAAUCGCCGCCUAUUUUGCGCGUGGGAGAUCUUCCGCUAUCUGAAGGUGCGCUACGAAGAGGAAAUGUUCAGACUAACCGAAGACUGUGUGGGGUAUAAGGAGCGCGCAACGCCAUCGCAAGAGAGUGGCAAGACAAGCGGAAACACAUAG